CUCACCUUUCCAGCCUUCCAGCUGGGGAAGUUGCAUUUCAUCGCAAAAAAGCGACAUGAUACGGGGCGUGCAAAAACCAUCGGAGCACUAUCAGUAGCGUGCUGAUGUUCGGGCCGUGCUGGCCGAACACGACUGCGAAGAACCAUCCUCGCGCUAUCGGCCACCUGUAAUCAUCUGUAGAGCGUGCCAGCAAAAAAAAAAAGGUGUGCGCUGCGAGCUAAGGAGCAAGAUAUCGAUUUUUGGCCACCGCCAGAACAAAACUCAAGCUGCAGGUUGAACUUACAACACUCCGCCAGGUUAAGGGGCUCCGCAAGUGCGUUUCGGGGGGGGGGGGGGAAAGCGAUAACAAAUGGUGGCUCCCCAUUGUUCGUGGUAAUGGUGGCGUUGUUGACGCCUGGUGGUGAUGCUGCCGCACGUCGGAUGGAAUUAAUUCCGGAAAUGGUAAUACAUUGCCACUUUUCCGCUCAUCUGCAGUGAAACAAAGUGUACAGGUGCGAAAAUUUGUAGCGAUGUGUAGUGGCUGAUUCCUUGUAUUCGUGUGGCGAAAAAAAAAGAGCGUCCACAUUUAGCGGAAAGUGAUCGUGCUGCCAAGUUGCCGAGGAGGAGCAUUACGCUGCGCUAAUACCGUUGAAAUCAUUCAAGCCCCGUCGAGCAUGUGAGUGAUGUGUGAAUCAUACGAUAGCAUUAGUGUCAGACCGUAUUACCAUCACGCGGCAAACCCCGGACAAACCCCCAGCCAAGAGGUAAAUAAACAAGGCGCCCAACUCUCCGCACAAUGAAGUCACCACCAAUCGCCAGCUGGUUCAGCCAGUCGGAUGGCGUAAAUCCCACCCAGAUAGCCAUCUACGGUUCGGUAUCGUUCCUGGUCGUGUCCCUGCUCGGGUUGCUAAUUUACAUCACCUGCUCGAAGCGGUACCGGCUCAAUUGGUACGAAAAGAAUCUGCUCGAGUCGGCCAAAGAGCGUGAGGCGGCCCAGCGCGGCAGCCACGAGGGACACAUAACCUGCCCAAUUGCGUACAACGUGGAUGCGGUCGCCGGGACGUCACGCUACCUAAACCGAGCCCACGGCAGUCCACAGGCGCGUGCGGACCAUCCCCCGUUCUGGGCGUCGCAGGGGCUUUACCGGAAGAGUGACAGCCGGGGCCAGUUGAUUGACACAUCGGAUGAGGAAACGACCGGCGAGGACAGCGGCGAUUCGGCGUGCAGCAGUAGUAGGUCAGUUAUAGCGGCACCCAGCGGUGCGGUCGCCAUUGCCAGCACCGGGAAGCAUGUGGUGCUCGUUACGUCAAGCCCGGCCAAACCGACCACCUCGAUGGUGGCUACGGUGGCCGGCGGAAGCCGCAGCAGUGCGACAGGAGCAGCAGCAAGCAAGGUUGACACGAGCCCAGGCACCAAGAUCGAUAUGCUAGACUCGGCCAGUACGUGCAGUACGGUGAGCCGGGACGAGCUGGGCGGUGAGGAUGCACGCGGUGCGAUCCAUCUGACACUGAGCUACGAUCCGGCGGCGGGCAUCCUGAACGUGAAGCUGGUCGAGGCACAGGACCUGCAGCCGCAGGACUUCAGUGGGACGGCGGAUCCGUACGCCAAGAUAAGGCUACUGCCCGACCGGAACAAUAUGUGGCAGACGAGAAUUCACAAGAAAACGCUCAACCCUGUGUUUGACGAGGACUUUGUGUUUGAGGUACGCUCCGCCACGAUCGGCCGGCGAACGCUCGAGAUACUCCUGUUCGACUUCGACGCGUACUCGCGCCACGUGUGCAUCGGUGGCGUACAGUUCCCGCUCGCCCAGGUGUGCCUGGCAGAGCGGAUAGACAUCUGGCGCCCGCUGCUACCGUACACCGAGCAGGACAACAAGCAGGACCUAGGCGAUUUGAUGGUUUCACUCUCCUACCAACCCGCAGCCGAGAAGCUUACGGUUGUUAUCAUAAAGGCGCGCAACCUGCGCGUCAUCGACGGUACGCGCAACUCGUCCGAUCCGUACGUGAAGGUGUGCCUGUACAAUGCGGACGGCAGGCGGCUGAAGAAGCGCAAAACAACGGUAGCCCGCAAUACGACCGCACCGGUGUACAACGAGGCCCUCACGUUCGACAUCAGCCGCGAGACGUUGCGCGACUGUUCGAUCGAGUUCCAGGUGCUGCACGACAGUUUGCUGGGCAAGAACGAAACCCUAGGCCGGGCGACGGUUGGCAGCGGGCCCGAGUUUCGGCAGGAAAAUCGCAAGUUCUUCGACGAGCUGUUCCGUACGCGGGCCGCCACCGCCCAGUGGAUAUCGUUGUGCGAGCUAAAGCUCAAGUCGGACACGCCGUCGAAGAAGAAGUGAACGCGAGCUCAAUGGAUUUCAAACUCACGCUGGCCUGGUGCACCAUAGCUGGAUGCCUGGCCUCUGUUGAUUUUGCUGUAUCAUGUCCUGUUGUGUUUAAGGAUAACAAUCUCACAAAAACUGUUAAUUGUUUUACACUACCAAAGCGUAAUAAUCGUAAAGCUUGUUUUGGAGCAUUCAAAACUGCAACUCACAUGGGUGGGAUAGAACACGCAUCAGGGGUUCUUUUUGAUUUAACACCAUUUCGCACAGAAGGUUUUUAAUUUCCGCAACGAAAAGUCUGCGUAUGCUGCAUGAAGGCAUUCAAAAUGGGCUUCAUGAAAAAAGAAAAUAGGAUUUUAUGGCAUAAUUUUAUCCGCACUAACUGACACGUGGCACACAUUUUAUGGCCACCUACUUCCCAACAUCACCCACUUCCUGGACGCACUUAUUCCGGAGCGCCAUAAAUCACGUUGGUUCCUCUUGACGCUCCCCAUACAGCGCACACUCAGCACGUUAAAUAUUUACAUAUUAUAUAUAUAGAUAUAAAUAUACAUGUAUACAAUACAACAAAAGCAUAUAUCAGCCUGAAAGAAAGAAAGCUGGACACCCAAGUGCAGUAAAUGUUUUAAAAUGCUCGGGAAGGACUAUCAAUGAACAA